UCCUAUGACUCUCACUCUACGGUCCAAUUGUGGCGCUGCUCAAACCUCAAGCUGAUGCAUCUUUUUCCCUUCAGAUUCUCUUCUGUCGUUAUUGUUCUUGUAAUCUCAUUCGAGUGUGAAUGAUUUCUUCUCGCUUGUACGUUUCUGGGUUUCAACCUUCUUGUAGUUCUUCUUUGGGAAAGCGCGUUACUUUUUCAACUUUUCUCAUCUCGAAUGAACUGGUGUAUGCUUCAAUGGAUUGGAUGAUCAAUAAGGCAUAGAAAAGUCACAAAAAAGGAGAUGAAAGACGAGUCGACAGGACUGAUAAUUGGAAUUUCCAUAGGCGUGGUUAUUGGAGUGAUUUUGGCUAUUUCUGCACUGUUCUGUUUCAGAUACCAGAGGAAGCGUUCACUAAUAGGCAAUAGCUCCUCCCGAAGGGCGGCCACCAUACCCAUCCGUGCAAACGGUGCUGAUUCUUGCACUAUUCUAUCAGACUCAACACUAGGUCCAGAAUCGCCAGUAAAGUCUGGGAGGAGUGGUUCAGCCUUCUGGGUUGAUGGAUUUAGGAGGAGUAGCAUGGUUUCAGCAUCCGGAAUACCUGAGUAUUCAUACAGGGAUCUGCAGAAGGCGACAUAUAAUUUCACGACACUUAUAGGACAAGGUGCGUUUGGUCCUGUUUAUAAAGCUCAGAUGUCUACUGGGGAGACAGUUGCAGUUAAAGUUCUGGCAACUAAUUCUAAGCAAGGGGAGAAAGAAUUCCAUACGGAGGUUAUGUUACUGGGGAGGUUACACCAUAGAAACCUGGUGAAUUUAAUUGGAUAUUGUGCAGAAAAAGGUCAGCAUAUGCUGAUUUAUGUCUACAUGAGUAAAGGCAGCUUGGCUUCCCACUUGUAUAGUGAAGAGAACACGGCACUGAGCUGGGAUUUGAGGGUUCAUAUAGCCUUGGAUGUGGCAAGAGGCUUGGAGUAUCUUCAUGAUGGGGCGGUUCCUCCCGUGAUCCAUCGAGAUAUCAAAUCCUCAAAUAUUCUACUGGACCAUUCCAUGCGAGCUCGGGUUUCGGAUUUUGGGCUAUCAAGAGAAGAGAUGGUGGAUAAGCAUGCAGCUAUAAGGGGAACCUUUGGGUAUCUUGACCCUGAGUAUAUCUCUUCUGGCACUUUCACUAAAAAAAGUGAUGUCUACAGUUUCGGGGUGUUGCUUUUUGAACUUAUUGCCAGCAGAAAUCCUCAACAGGGGCUUAUGGAAUAUGUUGAGUUAGCAGCAAUGAACACUGAGGGUAAAACUGGUUGGGAGGAAAUUGCUGAUGCUCGCCUCGAAGGAAAGUUUGAUGUUCAGGAGCUGAAUGAGGUUGCAGCCCUUGCAUACAAGUGUGUGAACCGUGCCCCGAGGAAACGCCCCUCGAUGAGGGACAUGGUGCAAGUCCUGACACGGAUUCUGAAGUCAAGGCCCCCCAGGAAUCACCACAGGAAGGCCUUAUCUGCAACUACAGAUGAAGUAGCUUCCAUGGAUGGUGAUCAACCAGAAACUAAGAUUACUGUAACUGAUCACAGGCGAGAAGAGUCAGUGGAUAGUACAGUUGAUGUCUAUGAAGUAUAGAAGUUGGUUUUGCCUCUUGCUUCUUUCUUUUCUUUUUAAAAGCUAACAUUUUCAUGAUUGGGUUUUGCUUUUGAAUAUAUGUCAUGUGGCCGUAUAUAACAUGGUGUAGGGUUUGGUUUCUAUGAUUGUGUUGAUCAUCAUUCCCUGUAUUUCUUUG